AGAGAAGUUAAAGGAUAUACUGCAGACACUGCGCAAAAUACGCAACAGUUUGCUGUGCCGGUGUGGCCUGCGACACCAAUGAAGCCGCUGUCUUUACGCAGCAGCCACUUCUAAAUAACCUCUAUGGACUUCACCAAACUUCACACGCGAAAAAACAAUCGGCGGAAAUAGAACUGUGGGUUAUUAAUUUAUUUGUUAUAUUCAUUUAUUUAUUUAGACUCGGACCUGGAGGGGGAAAUAUAUAUAUAUUUUAAAUUUUAAUUUCUGACAUUUUGUGAAUGCGAAAUAACAUACUGUGCCGGCUGCAGAAGUUUGGUCUGAACGGAGAGGUAGCGGUAUCCUGGACAGCAAACAUUUACUGCAGACUAUUCGGCUUGUAGCCCAACUGAAUAUUUAUAUUAAGCUAGUCCAUAUUCACAUAAUACCAGAGUGAAGUUUCCAACCUGUCUAUGAUGGCAUGCUGCUGCCUGUCAGCAGAAGACAGAGAGAAUAAAAGAAUAAACGAGGAGAUCGAGAGACGGCUCCGCCAGGACAAGAAGGACUCGCGCAGGGAACUCAAACUUCUGCUCCUGGGUACGGGAGAGAGCGGGAAGAGCACCUUCAUCAAGCAGAUGCGCAUCAUCCAUGGCUCCGGUUACACGGAUGAAGACAAGCGCGGCUUCAUCAGGCUGGUUUUCCAGAACAUUUUCACCGCCAUGCAGUCCAUGAUCCGCGCCAUGGAGGCCCUCAAUAUCGCCUACACAGACAGCCAGAACAGUAGCAACGCUGCCCUGAUUCUGGAGGUGGAGGUGGACAUGUUGGACACGAUGGAGCCCCCGCAGGCCGACGCGAUCCGGGCCCUGUGGGCCGACCCAGGAAUGCAGGAGUGCUACGAUCGCAGGAGAGAGUACCAGCUGUCCGACUCCGCCAAAUACUACCUGACGGACCUGGACCGGAUCGCAGACCCCGCGUACGUGCCCACCCAGCAGGACAUCCUGCGUGUCAGAGUGCCCACCACAGGUAUCAUCGAGUACCCCUUCGACCUGGAGAGCGUCAUCUUCAGGAUGGUGGACGUUGGGGGUCAGAGGUCAGAGAGGAGGAAAUGGAUCCACUGCUUCGAGAACGUGACCUCCAUAAUCUUCCUUGUGGCGCUGAGUGAAUACGAUCAGGUCUUAGUGGAGUGCGACAACGAGAAUCGGAUGGAGGAGAGCAAGGCUCUGUUUAAGACCAUCAUCACAUACCCCUGGUUUCAGUCAUCCUCUGUCAUCCUCUUCCUCAACAAGACCGACAUCCUGGAAGAGAAGAUUUUGCACUCUGACCUCGCCACCUAUUUCCCAGAGUAUACAGGCCCGCCGAAGGAGACACAGCCGGCCCAGGAGUUCAUCCUGAAGAUGUACCAGGACCAGAACCCCGACAAGGAGAAGACGCUGUACUCCCACUUCACCUGCGCCACGGACACCGAGAACAUCCGCUUCGUCUUCGUCGCGGUCAAGGACACCAUCCUCAGACACAACCUCAAGGAGUUCAACCUGGUGUAGGUGCGCGGCGUGGCGCAGGUGUGUGUGGUCUCAGGUGACAAAGGGGCUAUUAGGUGUAGCAGAGAUCUAGUGUCAGAGGGUGUCAGCUAUAGUACACAGGUGAAGGGGGAGAGGUUGUCAGGGGUAGGACAGAUUUACCCUAACUUGCACUCAAUUUUAACAUCAGCAGUUUCGGCUCAGGUUUACAUUUCUCAUUUUUCUUGUUGGAGUAGAAUUUUACUUCCUAAAACUUAAUUCCUCUGAGAUAAAAAAGAAAGCUGCAAAUGGAGGGAUCGUCGACUGCUUUGUGGACAGAAGUACUGAACUGGAGGAAUUUGCAUAGUGCCAGGUUUCCAGAACCUUUUUUCCAAUCAUCAAAAACUCAGGAACUGGGCCAAGCUCCACUUUCUUGAACUUUUUUUAGACAAAGAGAUUUAGACAUGGAAUUAGUUUAUGACACUGAUAAGAAAAGUAAACUAUGUUUUUAUUUAUUGCUAUAAUUACACUGUUAAAGUAGGACUUUUUCAAAUGUGUGUAAAUUAAAAAAGAAAGUGGCUCUCAUUCAGUAACCUGCACUAAAGAACAGAAGCAAAAUCUGACCUUUUACCCAAUCAGAGGACCAAAUAAUAAUUUAAAAUACAUUGAAAUGAUGAAAAUGUUUGCGUGUGUGCGUAUAUAUAAAAAUAUAUAUACACACAUACACUUAUAAACACACAGAUUCUAUGGCAUUAAUAUAUUUUUGUCUGUAUGAUGUACUGUAAAUUUCUGUGUAGUUUCUUUAAAUUGAAUAACAUUUUCAUGUUACACUCAAAUAAAA